AGGUGGGGGCACUCGCUGUUUGAGGAUACCACUGCACUUCUUUUUUAUUCUUUAUUUUUUUUUUUUUAUUAUUUUACAAUCCUUUUCUGUUGGUUUGUAGAAUAUGUCUUUUUCUUGCAAUCAGUCCCUGGAUGGCAGCUUUCCUCCCUCCCCAGCAGAGGACAGGGGUUCAAAGCGGCUGUCCUGGGGCAGCCUGCUGCAUAGGCUGACUGAGCUGAAGGGGAUCAAUCAGAGGGUCACAGCAGAUCGGUGCUGCAGGAGUGAAACUGGAUCUGUGGCAGACAUGUCCCUGUCAGAGUCAGAUUUAUUCUGUGAUCCCCUGGAGGAAACCUUAGCUGCAGAACUUGUAGCAACCAUCACACAAAGUCUCAACAACGCGUCCCACAUCCUGGGCUGCUCCAAACUCAUUUUACCAGACUGUCUGCUGCACAGUAUCAGCCAGGAGCUGCUCCACCUGGCUGUGUGUGAGCCCUGCGGCCUCAGGGGCGCACUCAUCGACUUGUGUGUAGACAGGGGAGAACAGGGCUCUCUCUGUACUGUGGACCAGAUAGCAGUGGAUGCCACCUUGGUCCCAACCUUCCAUGUGACCCUGGUGUUGAGGUUUGAGUCAAAUGGAUUGUGGCCAAAGGUUCAGAAGCUCUUCAAGUCUCCGCAGACAUCUGCAACAUCUCCGGGGCACCGACACGCUCAGAGGCUGAGUACGAGCUUCAGGGCUAUUAAAAGGAAACUGUACUGUUCAGGGGAGCUGCUGAUUGAGGAGUGCUGCUGACCAAGCACUCCUCUCCCCUCAUAAUCUGAAUAAAAUUCAUGUGCACUGUGAGAAGAAGUAACAUGUCAAAUGGCAAUAACAAGGUUUCCCUGGAACCAGUCUCAUGGCAGCUACUCACCUGGUAACAGGUGACUCAACAAUGAAGACUCAUGUUUGAACAUGGAUAAGUUUGUUUCCUAUGAAUGUAAAGUCACACCCUUACGGGAAUGGCUUAUGUAUUUGAUAGUCAAAUCAUCAUCUGAAACUUGUGUCUUGUAUUUUGAAC